AUGCUUCGAAUUUUUAUGCCUGAUUAUGCUCUUCAACUAGAAGUCCGGCGACAGCGUGAAAUACAAGCUACGCAUCAGGAUUUUUCGAUCGAGUUGGAGGAGGAGGGCCAGGAGGUGACGGAAUGCACACCGCAGUCGGAGGCUAACUCCGAGAUGUACGAUCAAUGGCUCAUGCUAAGCGACUUACCGCAGGAAGAAAUCGAAUGGAACCUGCGCACCUAUCAGAGUGAGCUGGCGAUGGCGGCCUGCCAAGGCGUCCCAUUGGUCGAGCAACAGCAACGCGCGUUUCAGGAUCUCUUCGAAGGGCGUCUGAUCGUCAUCGGCCUACAUGGUGCAUCGGCUAUCGGAGACCAGGACGACCGUAAAAAGCUUCUCCUCGGAGCCCACAUCACUGUCAUCACCCCUCAGUUGCUAGUCAACAUGCUACAAUCCGUGCGCCGCUCGGAGCGCAUCUACAUUUGCGACUUGACGAUGAUCAUCCUAGACGAGUGUCACUAUACGACAAAAGAGAGCGCAUAUAAUGUGUUGAUGGAUAUGGUCCAAGAGUAUAAGCAUGCAAAACCGCAGAUUGUUGGAAUGUCCGCCUCCCUGGGCACGGGCGACCAGCCACACAACGUCGAGCAAGUCUGCCAAUACAUCUAUACACUAUGCGGGGCGAUGGGCUGCCAGCAGUUGAGCACCGUGCAGAGGUACAAGGACGAGCUGAACAAGUUCGUGCCGAUGCCGGAGGAUGAAGUGAAGCACUGCACGAGGGUACGAGGGCCGCAUACUUUUUACCACACCCUCUGGGUCCAAACGGAAAACUACCAAUGGAAGGUUCAAUGUAUACUGAAGGAGCUCACCAAAAGCCCAGGAGCCGUCUUCAGCGAGCACGAAAUCGCGCUCGAUCAUGCCUUCAAAUGCGUGUCUCGCUACGUCGGCGUACUCGCGAACCUGUUGGACAAGACGACAAAGCAGAGCAAUUUGCCCACGCAGCUGCGAAUGGAUUUGAUCGCCGGAUUGGAGGUGUUGAGGAUUUGUGCCAACACUUUUCUCCUCGACGAGGUUAUGCCUUCCUUUUACGCAUGCGAAUAUCUAGUAAAGGCGUUCAAAGCACACGCCGGCGCCCACCAAUACUACAGCAGUUUUUGGGAGAAUGACUUCCAGGGACAACUCAUCGAAGCGAUCCGCAAGGAAAAAGAAGGGGAACUGAAAAUCCUCGUCGCCACCAAUGUCCUCCAAGAAGGUGUUGAUGUCCAAACCUGCAACCUCAUCAUCAAGUACAACGUUACCGGCAACGUCAUCAGCGAGGUUCAGAAGCGAGGUCGUGCUCGCGCCGUUGGCUCCAAGUCCGUGCUCCUCGCCGUCACCGAGUCGGUAGAGCAACGGGAGAUGGAGAACAAGCUCGGUGAAAUGUUCAUGGACCGGGCGGCGAAGAUCAUCUCCAGGUUGAACGAGACCGAGUUCACCGCCAGGUGCGAGCAAGCCCGCCAGGAGCGGAUUCAGCGCAAAGCACAGGAGCUGAUGGAGCAGAUGAAGCUGCAAACCAAAAACCUGGAGUGCACCUUAAAAUGUAUGAAUUGUGAGGCGACGCUUGGCCCCUCGAUGCAAAUGAGGGUAAUUAUGAAUUUGCACUACGUGCUCUGCCACGAAGAGAUCUGGGAGCGAAUUCUGUUUGAGCCGGAGAGAAGGACAAAGACCUUCGGCGACACAGCCCUCGUGCUCGGCAAGGCCAAAUGCGCAAAUAUUGUGGGCGAUGGGCCCUGUAAUCAGCACCUUGGUUAUGUGCUCAACGUACGGACGUCGUUGUUCUGGAUUCGUGGCAUCAACGAUGGGGAUUUGAAGCGCAUGCUUCGGCCGCUACCACAGAAGUUGAUGAGGUCGUUCGUGGAGGCAGAGGAGGCGCUGAAGCAAGAGAUGAAGCAACAAUUGUCUCGUCGUCGUGAGCGCUUGGCUAGAGGCCAGCAACCACUCCUGGAAUGGGACGACGAUUACGACACGAAAAGAAAUGAGAAUGAC